CACACUUUCUUUUUCUUUUUUUUUUUUUUCUAUGCCUGCUACUCAAAAGAAACAAAGAUCUUCCAAACUUUUUCAAUGUUCUGGUUUUGGUGAUUGCAAAAUGGUUUUUACUCGAGGUGAACAUCUUGCUCGACAUACAAGAAAACAUACAGGAGAGAAACCAUUCUUAUGUAUUGUGCCUGAUUGUAACAAGACUUUUUCAAGAUUUGAUAACAUGAUGCAACAUACUCAAACACAUCUAAGAAAUCCUAUUGAUAAUCAACAACGACAACAACGACAACAGAAACAAUCAUCUUGUCCUUCUUUACCUACUGUCGAUAAGGAUGAUAGAGUAAUACUUCAGCGACCUUCUUCCAUUGUUACCUCCGAUAAUCAUCAACAAUAUCAGCAUCAUCUUGGACCAGCUUCACCUUCUUCAUUAUGCUCUACAUCAUUAUUGGAUUCCUCUUCAACUGCUUCAUCAUCAGAUGACGAAGAUGAUGAUGACGAUGUGGAUGAUCACUUCUUUGAUAACAACAAGCAUCAUUGGAUAACUUACCGUCGAUUAUCAAUAGCUGAUAUGUGCAAUCCUAUGGAUGAAUCACCUACUACGUCUUCCAUUGAUCAACUUUCUCGGGAUGAAGUCGAGGUGAUUCAAGCUUUUGGGAAAUUACGUCAAGCAACUUAUUGAACAAAAAUGUCAACCCUCUGUAGCCUUGGUAUCGGUUCCUUUUGCUAUUCCAUUGUAUAUAAUUCUCAUCAUUUUAACUUUAGUCUACUUUAUCUUCGUGGCUUCCCUUUUUUUUUUACAUAUAUUUACUUUUGUACACUACGAUUCAUAUUUAUAUAUAGUAUAUCUCAAACUUUGUAUACUUCAACUUUAUUCAAUAAAACAAGGGAAAAAAAACAUAUCUCGUUCUUCAAUACAA